UUUUCGAUCGCACAGACCUCACUUUCCAUGGCCACUGCGCUGUUAAUAUUAGCUGGAUUUCAAAAUAACUUCACAGGGUUCGCCCUUUUAAUCUUCUCUAGACACUGCGUAAGUUCCAGCGCAAAGCAUACUGCGGUUUUUGCCGAGAUAUCGGACCGCUGAUCGAGCAAUAGCGAUGGUCAUUGGCCUUGCGCUAACUCGUUACCAUUGUGUGUACAGCGAUGUGUGUACAGCGAUGCCGAUUAUGAGUGAGUAAGUUCGCUAUAGAUGUGUACUUGAACUAAAUACCUAAUCCGUCAGUGGUAGUGAAAAUCACUUGAUAUUCGGUAUAUAUCAGUCGUUUUCUUGAGUACAUACAUGUACAUAUACAUAUCCCUUGCACAAAGAAGUCAGAUGAUCAGCCAGGUGAUAAUGUAUAUGAAUGACCUCUAUUUAUUGACAUAAAGGCCUGAAGGCCAAUAUGAUUUUGUACAUUGGCCAUGCAUAGAGAAAAAUUAAAUACUCUUGUCUGAAAAGAUGUCACUAGAAUAUUAUUUGCUGACGAUAAUACAGUGCAUGUGGAUUCUGACAGGUUGUCACAGUAAGAGCUGCGUGACUGAUGGACCAUGCUCUUGUACAUAUGACGAUGGAAGUGGGACGGUGGAUAUUUCUAGCGUAGGGAAUACAGAUGGAACACCAAGACUGAAGGACAAGUUAGCUGAUGAUGGUGUAUAUUUGUACUCGUACAAUCCAUGCAGGCCAUUCAGCGAGGGGGAUAAAUGCACUAACGUUGCGGUGUGCGAAGUCUUGGAUAACGAUGGCACCUUUUACUACACACCCGCUGGGGCUCAAGAUGGCGCCCAGUUUGGUACGGAGGGAAGUGACUUAAAGGUUACGUAUAAAUCCAGCCCAGACCAAUUCUCGUACAUAACUAAUGUGAUUUUGAAAUGUGAUGAAACAGUGACGGGAGAUCCGACAUGGCAAGUACCCGGAACGCAGCCAGAUUUCUCAAUAAAACUGGUUAUGACACACAAGUGUAACUGCCCAGGCCAUUGUGGGAGCGAGGGACCUCACACUGGGGGACUCAGCGUUGGAUCUAUUCUUUGUAUAAUCUUUUUCGCUGGAAUAGCCGUUUAUUUUGCAUUUGGAGCUGUAUACAUGUUCUUCAUAAAGAAGGAGUCGGGUAAACAGGUUGUUCCAAACGUAACAUUCUGGACGGGUCUGCCUGGAUAUAUUAAGGACGGCGGUCAACUAGUUGUCGGGAAGGUAACAGGGAAAGGAGGGUAUUCGCAGAUAUAACUUACGAAUACUAUUAAAGAACAAAUCAACACCAAAAGUUCAAUUAUUGUAUAUUUUUUAAUUGUUUUUCAAAAUAAAUAUGUAUACUUCGUGAAAAAAUAAA